AUGCCUGAGCCGGCCAAGUCUGCGCCUGCCCCCAAGAAGGGCUCCAAGAAGGCGGUCACCAAGACCCAGAAGAAGGGCGACAAGAAAAGACGAAAGAGCCGCAAGGAGAGCUACUCGAUCUACGUGUACAAGGUGCUGAAGCAGGUGCACCCCGACACGGGCAUCUCGUCCAAGGCCAUGGGCAUCAUGAACUCGUUCGUCAACGACAUCUUCGAGCGCAUCGCCGGCGAGGCGUCGCGCCUGGCGCACUACAACAAGCGCUCGACCAUCACGUCGCGGGAGAUCCAGACGGCCGUGCGGCUGCUGCUGCCCGGCGAGCUGGCCAAGCACGCGGUGUCGGAGGGCACUAAGGCAGUCACCAAGUACACCAGCUCCAAGUAGAGUGGUCCUGAUUCUUACUUUGAACCCAAAGGCUCUUUUCAGAGCCACCCAUUCUUUCAGUAAAAGAGCUAAAGCAC